GUUGGAGUGGGAUCUGUCAGUGUCAGAAGUUGAGUGCAUUAUCCAUUGAACACAAUUUAACCUUUGAAAACUGAUAAACCUUUCCACAAAUAUGAGUGGUGGUUCAGGGAUUGGCGCAUUUUUCAAGGUCUUCGUCUACGGAACCCUCAAAAGAGGAGAACCCAACCACCAUUGGUUAACAAAGCCUGAAAAUGGAACUGCAAAUUUUGUGGGAGAAGGGAGAACUGCAGUGAAGUACCCUCUAGUGAUAGCCUCCAGAUACAACAUCCCCUUUCUGCUGGAUGUUCCAGGAACAGGGAAUAACAUUCAGGGAGAGGUGUAUGAAAUAGACGACAAGAUGCUUUCCAACCUGGAUAUCCUGGAGGAUUAUCCCACCUACUACACCAGGAGAAAGGAGAGUAUCCUGCUGGAUGACAGGGAAGAACACUGCUGGACAUACUUCCUUAACGGACACAAGCCCAGUAUGCUGCAGCUGCCCAUGAUGACGUCAUACUCCUCAGCUGGGGACCAUGGGUUGGUCUACAUGGAGAGUAAUAAUGAGUCAACCAUAGACGACGUCCUCUAAAAUAACCUAAAUACAUUUACCUAAUUUAGUGAAGACGUAGCAAAUACAAUGAGGAUAUUUUUAGUAUAUUUUGUGUACCGUACAAGACGUUGAUAUGUGUUAUGAUUUUAUUUGUCUCAAUAUUGAAUUUAUACAUUCCGUAAUGUAACAAUACAUUUUUUAAAUAUA